AUGAGUUUGAAUAUUCUUAUUACCGGUGCAACUGGCUACAUUGGUGGCUCCGUUCUCUCGGGACUACUUUCAAGCGAUAAGCCGCGCUUUGAGAAGAGCCAGAUUUUCGUGGCCGUCCGCUCUGAAAGACAUGUAAAAACAUUAUCAGAGCUAGGAGUCAAGGUGGCUUUGAUCGAUCUCACAGAUGAGGUAUCUGUCAGCGAAGGCGUCCUGAACAAUGAGAUCGAUUUUAUUAUUCACACUGCGAGUGCCCUGGAACCGGGACAGGCGAAGAAUCUCAUUGCUGCUCUGGGGAAAAGACACAAUGCGACUAAGAAGGAUGUCUUCUUCAUUCACACUUCCGGGACCUCGGCCUGGUCCUCCGCGUUCGGCUCGACAUAUGGAUUAGUGAAGGACACCGAUCCUCUCUUUGAGAAGGAGAAGGCGAUAGCAGAUUCAUUCCCAGUUCGACAGACUGAUGUUGCUGUGAUUGAGGAGGCGGAAAAGGCUGGCGUGACCAGUUUUAUUAUCCCACCCCCUAUCAUUUAUGGCCGUGGCGACGGCCCGUGGAAUCAGAUGUCAGCGAUGAUCCCCGCGGCUAUCAAUGCCGCCAUUUCGCGCAAAGUGGUUGAGAAAUUUCCGACAGACGCUCGGACAAUGGGGACUCACAUAUCCGACCUGACUGCGUACUACUUGCGUUUGAUCGAGAAGAUACUGGAGGGUGCCGACCUGCCGAGUGGCAAGCAAGGAUACUAUUUUCCUAUCGCCCAUCGGUUCAGCUGGUGGGAUGUUUUGGAUAGGAUAGCCAAGGUCCUUGAAGCUCGAGGCCUUGUAAAGGAUGGCGAGCUGCGGGAAUGGCCGAGCUACGAUGUUGCGGCAGAAGGACUUGCCCUUCCUGCUGCCGUGAUACCCAGACUUUACGUCACUGAGUACGCUUUUACCCCUCAACAUUGCCUUUCUGAUGUUGGUUGUCUGACGUAUAGUUGCAGUAAUGAAGUCAUUGGUGAGAAUAAGAAUCUUCUUGGUUGGGUACCACAAUGGGACGAGAGGUUCUUGACGCAGAUGGAUGACGAAAUCAAGAAUUUCCUGGAGGUGGGGAUAGAAAAGGUUGGUUUACUUGCUACAGUCAGCCAGGAAUUGGGCAAA